UAACUUUACAAAUAAAAAGCCAUUGGAACAAAAAACAGGCCAUUUUCUCUGAAUUCAGAGUUAAUCUACUACAUAGUUACUUUAGUGCAGCAAGAAUUACCCUGGAGGAGGGGUUUAUCGGUAGAAAAAGCUGUAAAACUUAUGAAAAUGGGUUAGGGUUAGUAUCAACGAGCAGACGUUAACGCUCGGUUGAAACUACAGGACCCAUAAUGCCAUUCACUUCAAACUUGUCAGCGUUGCCUAGCAACGCUAGUGGACCUUUCAUGUGAAAAGCUAGCUAACUAGAGUUUUUUUAAACUGUAAACGUCUUCCCUUUGACUGCUAACAAGUUAUUCUGUCGUCGAGUUUUUUCUUUUAAUGAAAAAAUGAAUGGAAAAACCGGCGAACAGUUUCCUUCCGCGUCGCUAAGCUCCUGCCCCCCCAGGGUCCCUCACUGACGCUGCUUCAGCAGAGACCCCCACCUGCACUGAGCUCGAGGAAAACGGAGGGAUGGAGGUAAAGCAGAUGUCCUUGUACAAGAGGUCUGGGAAAAUAAAACAGCACAGCAAGAAGGAUGGUGUUUUAACAGCUGAGAUGAUUUCAAAUAGUAUAUUUCAACUCGGACGCUUUGGCACUGGGCUCCAGCACUCAUUCUACAUCCUUUCUCUGCCUAGUCACAGUCUGAGUGACAUAUCUGUGCUGUGCAGUUAUGUCCAUCUUCAAAAGCUGGAACUGCCACACAACAAAAUUCAAGAUUUAUCCUGCGUGAGCCACAUGCCCUACCUUGUUGUGCUGGACGCUUCCUAUAAUGAAAUCUCAAACUUCUUUGAAUUCCAGCCACCCAAGAACCUAAAGGAGGUGAACUUCGCCCACAACCGUAUGACUAAAAUGAGGGAUUUAUCAGCCUAUGCAUCGCUAACUAAACUGGUUCUAGACUACAACAGCUUUAGUGAGAUCAGUGGUCUUGAGCAAUGUUGCAGGCUCACCCAUCUCAGCCUUGCACAUAACAAGAUCUCGAGGAUCAGUGGCCUGGGUGGUUUGCCUCUCACACACAUCUGUCUUAGGGGGAACCAUCUGGAGAAAAUUGAAGGGUUAGAGCACCUGAAGAGCCUGCAGGUUCUCGAUUUAUCUCAGAAUCGUAUCACCAGUCUUUCAGGCCUCGAGAACCUCCAUCUGCUAGGCUCCCUCAACCUGGAGAAAAACCUGGUCAGUGAAAUUCAGGAGUGCAAGCAUAUUCACGACCUUUUACUGUUGAGGGACCUCAGUUUGGUGGAAAACCCUGUGCAGGAGCAACCUGAUUACAAGCUGGCAGUCAUCUUCCUCCUUCAGCAUCUGACUGUUCUGGACCAAGAGGCAGUCACUGUUGAAGAAAAGGUGUCGUCAGUAAACAUGUAUGACCCUCCUAUGGAUGUGGUGGCAGCCAGGGAUCACAUAACCCACCUAGUGUAUCAGCUGAUGCAGCCCCAGGUCCUUUAUGAAAGCAGUACACUUCCCAGUGCAGACUCUCCCUACCCCAUGCUGGUGCUCACAGGUCCUCGAGGCUGUGGGAAGAGAGAGCUGACUCACAGACUGUGUCAAGAGUUCAACGAAUACUUUGCUUAUGGAAUCUCUCACACCACAAGGGGGCCGUACUUCGGAGAAGAGAAUGGACUUGAUUACCAUUUUGUCAGUGAGGAGGCGUUUCAGAGUAUGAUUCACACCGGUAAGUUUAUCCAGACCAUCCAGUAUGGGGGGCAUAGUUACGGACUUACCAGAGAUGCUGUAGAGGAUGUGGCUAGAGAAGGAUUGGCCUGUUGCGUGCAUAUGGAGCUGGAGGGUGUUUUCAGUCUAAAAAAGACCUACUUUGAGCCUCGAUACAUCCUGCUCAUCCCCACCCAGGCUGAAAAGUACAUAGGCCACCUUAAAGCCCGUGGACUCUACACCCAGGCACAAAUGGAUGCAGCAGUGUCACGUAUAGAGCUCUACGCCAACACCAACAGGCAACGUCCAGGAUUCUUCGAUAAUGUUAUUCCCUGUGAUGACUGGGAAGAUGCCUACAAGACACUGAGGCAGGCAGUGAAGGAGUACCUGUUGCUAGAGGAGCAGGAGGAGGGAGAGAACAACAACAGAGCAUCCCCUGACAACACCUCCACAGGUCAUAAUCCAGAAGAGAAGCCACUAUCGCCUGUGUCAAUGUCAAGAUUGACACUCACAUCACACUCAGCCAGAGCUUUGGACCCCUCUGAUAUCUCCUACAGAUCAUAUUUUACCAAGAUCCAAAAAGAGCUCCACCCUCAGAAGAGCUCCACUGAGCUAGCUUCCAUUAGGAGGCGUGAGCAGCUGGUGAGGGAGGCUAUAGUGGGGAAGAGUCCAGGGGUUUACAGCCAGCUCUUCAAAAGUUCUGCUCAACCAGUGGUGUCAUCUGUGCAUAAUGAUGAUUCUGGUAAUCUUUUUCAUGAGGACAGUGGCUCGGAUGAUUCUCGUGCCAGCUCAGCUUUGUCAGUGCCCAGUUCAGCCGGCGCCUUCUCUGACUUAGCAGAACCGCUACAUGUCUCAGUCAUGGGACAUGCUUCGGAAACACUUAAAGACCACGUUCCAUCCAGCCAAACACCUAAUGACCCUCAUCCAGGAGCAGAUCAACUAGCUGCAGCUGUGUCCCCAUGCUCUGAUCGACGCCCAGGGUCCAACGUUAAGCCCAUCCUGCCCCCAAUCCCCACUGGGCGCAGGACCCCUGCAGCACCCAGCCUAUCUCCUUCACCCAGCCCCAAACCAGGAGUGGAAGAGGAAGGAAAUGCAAACAUGGAGGGAUAGCUUUAAAGGGAUUUUGAUUUCUGACACCUAAAUGAAGUAAUCCAGUUUUGUAAGAGUAAGAUUUUGUAAGCAUUAGAUUAAAAAAUGAGAAGAAA